AGGAUUAAAUUUACUUGGAGAAACCCAGGUUGACCAGCUUACCAGGUUGAUCAUUGUCAACGCAGUCUACUAUAAAGCUCUGUGGAAAACUGCUUUCGGAGAAGGUGAGAACUUUGAUGCUCCUUUUCGUUCCAACCAGGGAGAAAUACAAACCACAUUUCUUAAUACUAAUAUCAAGGCUCGUGUGAUGGAUCUAGGAGACUAUGAGAUGCUUGAGCUCCCGUACCAAGAUCAAAGCAAAGCUUUGCUCAUCAUUCUUCCCAAGCUUGGUGUGUUUACUGAAAAUAUCCUUGAUAAUAUAAAGAAUACAAACUUCGCCGCCAUCAGAGAUUUGAAUCCCGAGGACACCACUGUUAGUAUUCCAAAGUUCAAAAUCCGUCACAGAACCAGCCUCAAGGAAGAGAUGCUCAAGCUUGGAGUCUCUGAUCUUUUCUCCGAGGAGGCCGACCUCUCUGGUAUCAGCAACCAACCUCUUUCUGUCACUGACGCUGUCCAGGACGCUUUCAUAGAGGUUACCGAGGAGGGAACUGAGGCUGCUGCUGCCACAACUGUCCUUAUCGGACUGAGGACUGCUAAGAGAAACCGUCAAUUCUUCGCUGACCAUCCUUUCGUCUUCAUGGUCUAUGAUUUCAAUGAAAAUAUUCCCCUUUUCCUUGGUAAACUUCAAGAUCCUACUUCCUCUGGGUCUGUUGCUCUAAGGAUCGGAGCUAGCUCUAGCAGUGGACCAGACAAUCAAAAUGCAGUGAACCUAAACCCUGUAGUUACAAGCACAACAAGCACAACUCCCCCACCUCAGACCUUCAAAAACCCCCCGCCUCAGAUCUCUAAUAGGCAGAACUGUGAGAGGAUUUAUGAAAGUUUUCCAAACGCUCUACAGAAUUCCAACCUGUGUGACCAGGCGCAGCAGCAGAAGAUCUUGGACUGGUUGAGACAGUUCAGAUCUGUUUGUGAGAGCAGUAAAGAUCUCAUGGACUCAUUCAAGAGGGAUAACUGUUCCGAGGGUUGGUGUGAGUCUGUACGCGGAGAACAGCCAAACUGGGACAGAACUUUCUCAAGAAUGUGCUCUGAUGAAGAAGGACUGAAUGCCCACUCUGUUGAAUGUAGAGGAAUAACAAAUAAGAUUUCCGCCUUCAAACAGCUCAGAUGUUAAGCUUUCUAAAAGAGCUACCGUACACUUCAGAAGACGAUCCAAUACGCACGCAUAAAAGAACUGCAGUACCACGGUGCCUUAUAAUCUGAACACGUGCUGUUAUGUACAUUUUACAUAUUUUAAUUUUUCCAGUUGUAAGAUGAAUGACUUGUACUUUAUCUUUAUAAAAACAGGCAGUACUUUUGUACAAAUAAGGAAACCUAUGUACAUAUUCUUUAUUUUGAAUAUACAGCUUUUUCUUUGA